AGCAGCGCCACGGCCGGCCGCCACGUGCAUAUCACAUUCGACUCUUCUGACGGCCGAUCAUCCAUUCCAGCAAAUUAGUGUAACGGUGGAUUUGAUUUCUAAGAAGUUUCCCUUUUCAAAGCGACGUAAAUAAGCAUGGGACCCAUUCCACCUCUUCGGAUAAAGUUGUGGUCAAGAGGGAGUACUAAUGAUGAGGCUUCUAGCUCGACUGCCACAGCUCGCUCAACGGAGAAAAAAGUGCAUUGGAGAACUCGUAUGAGAGAACGCAAGCCAGAGAAAUAUGCAGAGUUGAGGAAGCAUGAGCAGAAAUACAAACGUCAUCGAGAUGCCACUUUGAAAGGGGAGAAGCUGGAAAGGGAGCUAACACGAGAACGAGUGAGGCGGUUCAGGGACAGGCAGAGAGCGGAACAUGCCACGAUAAGCAUGGGACCUCUUCCACCUCUUCGGAUAAAGUUGCAGUCAAGAGGGAGUACAAAUGAUGAGGCUUCUAAUUCGACUGCCACAGCUCGCUCAAAGGAGAAAAAAGUGCAUUGGAGAACUCACAUGAGAGAACGCAAGCCAGAGAAAUAUGCAGAGUUGAGGAAGCAUGAGCAGAUAUACAAACGUCAUCGAGAUGCCACUUUGGAAGGGGAGAAGCUAGAAAGGGAAAGGGAGCUAACACGAGAACGAGUGAGGCGGUUCAGGGAGAGGCAGAGAGCGGAACGUGCCAUGGUAAAAAAAAACAACCAACCAAAAUCAAAGAGUCAGAAAGCAAAAGAGAAAAGGCAGCAAGAAAAGUGGAGAAUGGAAAAAAGAAAACAAAGGGAGACAUGGUCCGCAGAGAAGAGGAAAGAGUACAAUAUGAAGCAAAGGACAAAAAGAAUCAAAGACAAAGAAGAACUGCAAGAAUUUAGCAGAAAGAAGUUGCUUGAAGAACAGAGAAAGCACAAAAAUAAAGAAAAAGAACAGAGAUAAGAGGAGGAAGACUUGAAAAAAGAAGGCAACAGGCUGCAGAUGCUGAGAAAACACUGCAAGAGGAAGAAUGUCAGCAAAUGCAAAAAAAAAAAUGACACACCUCAUCGCUCUCACGAAGCCAAGCGAAAUAUCUCUCUCGGACUCGCUAAAAACUGUCACCAAAUGCCACCAUCUUCGCUAACACCAUAUGUGAUCUUGUCAUUCACUCCACCUCGUAAAGAUGGAAAGCCUUUCAAGAUAAAGGCAUCAAGCUUAGCAAGACAGAGACAUAGCAUUAUCAUAGCAAAUGUGGCUCUGGAAUUGAAGGAUGAUUGUAAGAAACGUGACAAAAAUGAGACUUAUACGAUGUGGGUUGGCUUCAUCACUGCAGUCUGAAAAUGCUUAAUAAGCAGCAUCUUGCAAAAAUACAUUCAGUGUUACACCCAAGCUGUUGGCAAACUUGGAGAAACAAGAGAAGUACAGUAAUCCAUUCAGCAUACCCAAUGAGGUGAAGGUCAUGGUUAGAUCAUUUUAUGAAGAUGAGGCAACCCA